UGACGCCAUCGCAGGCGCGGUGACGCAGCGGGAGCGGGGGAGGGGAAGGGUCGCCCAGAUAAUGGUGAGAUUCUACCAUAGACAAAAGUGCUGGAGAAACUCAGCGGGUGCAGCAGCAUCUAUGGAGCGAAGGAAAUAGGCAACGUUUCGGGCCGAAACCCUUCUUCAGUGAGAUUCUACCUCCUGGUUAUAAGGUAUGAUCAUCUUAAAGAAGAUGAACGACUCAGGGUUUGACUUCCAGAACAUUCCGCCGGUGUCGUUGCGCUUGUCGGACGAGACCACCACGGCGAGAUUGUGCACAGGCCUGACGGAGGGGAUUGAGGACGAGUUUAAGAGCCUGGUGGAAGUGUUCCUGGUGGAGGUUUACUGCUGCAAGAUUUGUGCCUUCACCAGCAGCCUGAAGGUGAAGAUGAACACCCACAUGGAAGGUCUUCACAGGCGCAAGGCCGGAGACGGGGGUUCCAAGAUGGCGGGGGCGAGUGGAGGCGGCGAGGAAGGGGAUGUGUCGUACGUCUCUGAGCUGGAGAUGGAGUCCAAGGCGAACAUUGAGGAGGACAGCAUGGGGGACAACUUGGAGAGGAUGUCCUUCCUCCUUCCCAUGUACGGGAUGCUCCACAACAUCAGCCCCGUCUCCUGCGAGCUGGCAGCUCGGGGCGAUCGCCUGCACGCCCCCGAGCCGUCGUUCGAGGGAGAGACGGCGGAGGAGGCCGGGGACGAGGCCCAGUCCGAGCACCUCAUGUCGCUGGGCCUCUGCCGCAUCUCCGGCGGCGGCGGCAGCAGGGUCGAGUCGACCGGUCCGGGGAACGCCGGUGGCGACCAUCGCAGGAAGCUCGGGAAGAAGAGACGGAGCGAGGCGGGGACCCGGAGCGGAGGCGGCCGCUACCUCUGCCGCUCGUGUGAGCUGGAGCUGGGGUCCAAGGUCACCUACAACCUCCACAUGGACUGCCACGACGAGGCGGGGUCCUUCAGGUGCGUCCACUGCCCCUGGCUGGCCUCGGAGUGGCCGGCGAUGCAGAGGCACCUGGACACCCACGGUGCCCAGAGAUGGCCGUACCGCUGCCCUACCUGCAGCAAAGUAUUCACCAGGCACAGCUCCUGGAAGUCGCACCAACUCACCCACACGCACCAGGUCGCCCCUUACCACUGCCCAAAGUGCCCGGCCUUCUACCCCUCAGAGCUGCUGAGAGAUUCACAUGCUGCCUGCCAUGCUGAGGGAGCUUUCAAGUGCACACAGUGCGACUUCACAGAUGAAUCAUGGAGUGUAGUUGACGCUCAUCUCCGCAGCCAUGACAGCAGUUUGAAGACACACAUGUGCCUGGAGUCUGGUCAGAGCUUCCUCAGAGGGGCUGCACUGAAGGACCAGGAGUCAGAGCACAAAGACAGUCUGCUCUUUCCCUGCCACUUCUGCGGACAGGCCUACAAGAGUAGGCGGCAGAGGAAUAAGCACCGUCGCCAAGUCCAUCGGAAGGUUCCGGAACGGAGGAGAGUGAAGGAAAACAACCCGGCCAGUGGAAGGCGCGAGGAGAAAGGGCCUCAUGCGAAGGAAAGGAAAGUAAGCAAAGGAUUUUCCUGCAGCAUUUGCACCAGGCGAUGCUCCUCGAAGCUGGCCCUCCAACGACACAUGGGCACACACACGGGCAUCAAACCAUUUCACUGCCAGCACUGCGAUUACAAAACCAGACUCAAAGCAUCUCUGGUCCAGCACAUGAGAGUCCAUACAGGUGAGAAACCCUUCAGGUGCACAGUCUGCCAGUACGCCUCCAUCGACGGCAGCUCCCUGAAACGGCACUCCCGCACCCAUUCCACCGAGAAGCCUUACAAAUGCCAGCUCUGUUCAUAUAGUUGCAUCCAGAAGAAGAGCCUGGACCUCCACGUGCGCCGGCAUCACACGGGCGAGAGAUUCGGCUGCGGCUCCUGCGACUACUCCUCCGCGGACAAGCAGCUGCUGCACAAGCACCUGCGCAAACACCAGUAGGAGCCGGGAGAGUCGGCGAGGAGCGACACGGCCAGCUCACGACAGACGAGAGCUUCACAGCCGAAGCUGCAGUCACAUCUCCUGGCCUCCUGCAGUCCGUCUCAUCUCAUGCUGCCUGCCCCACUGAGUUACUCCAG